CUUUUCGAUGAAGACUCGGUUCGGAAAAUAAACUGAACGCUGAGUGAAGCCGAACGUUUUGGAUGAUGGUAGUUCCUGGGAGCGCCCCGCUCAUACAGCAGGAUCAUGCUCUGGAGCCUGGCUUAGGGCGAGACUCAACGGAGAAUUCUGCCAUGGGCCCCGACACGGAGCCGGCAUCCGAGGAGGUUGGCCCGGAGCUGGAGGAGGUGCGGAAGCUGCAGGAGCUGGUGCGGAGGCUGGAGAUCCAGAAUCAGCACCUAAGAACGAGGAGCCGCAGGAGCUUGCUCGGGACCACGCAGAGCGAGAUCCACACCAGCGUGGAUAACCAUGACUCUGGUCUCAAUGGGAUGGAAAUAAAUAACAGCAUCAAUGCUAUAACCGAGAAGCAGGAGUUGCAAAUAAUGGCAGAUCUGCACAACAAGUUAAGCAAAAUCAGGAAGGAGGAGGGAGAGAACAAUUGCUUAAAAAAAGACAAAGAUGCCCAAAUGCAAUAUAGUUGUAACAGUGCCACUGAGGAAUUGUCUUCCAACACGUACGAGGCGGAAAUGAAGACUGAUGAUAACGUUAGGCGUUCUUCACGUGUGGAUGGGAGUAAUGGCACAGAGCUUAUGGGAAACUUGGUCGUUGCAGGUAUUGAUUCCUCAGUUAAAAUACACGAACAAAAUCCAAACGAAAACUGCGGAGAUGUAGAAAGUCUUUUGAAUAACACAGCUCUGGAUGAAGUGAAAGUGUUAGAACUCGAGAACUGCAAUGAAGAGGAAGAUAGCUGGCUGUAUGUGUCCCCGAAAAAAUCUGCUGCAGACCAGAAAACGGGCUCGCCUUUAAAAUGGUGCCGCCAGGUGUUGGACAACCCCAGCCCUGAGACCGAAGCAGCCUGCCGAACUCUGAUAAACAGGCUGGAUCAAGCCAGUAGAUGGAAAAACCUGUAUUGCAGUCCACUGGCAUCACCAAGCGCCCAUAAUUUGAAUACAGAGACAUGCUCCUCUAGCAAUGCACUAAACUCUCCCGGGCAUCUCAAAUCGACUAACAAAGCACUACUAACCUGUGGCAGCUCAGGUUACUUGAGCAUGCAUUCUGCGCUGAGCUCUCAGUCAUCUGUGGACAGUGAGCUGAGCACAUCUGAUGACUCCAUCUCUAUGGGAUACAAACUGCAGGACUUGACUGAUGUCCAGGUUAUGGCACGCCUUCAGGAAGAAAGUCUCCGUCAGGAUUGUGCCUCUAGCUCUGCUUCCGUAUCACGUCGCAGUUCCAGCGCCUCCCUUCACUCCCUGCGAAGAGGAACCUACAGCGACCAGGAGUUCGAUACAUACAGCCUUGAGGAUGAGGAUGAUUAUGACUGUUCCCUGUCAUACCGUAGCACUCACAGAUACUCACCAUCUCCGCUCAGUUCACCCAGAUGCCAGUCCCCUUCUUCCAGUGCAGAUUAUAGUAGGGCAUCUACUUCCCGUAUCCGUCCCCCAAGGAGAUCUGUGCAAAGUCCGAUGCAAGACCGGCUGAAGUACGCGAACAGCGAAGAGGAGAUGCGCCACAGCAUGCCCAACCUAGCCAGGACGAGCCUUCGAGCUCUAGAGUCUGUAAGGAGCAGCCGGAGCUUGGAGUCGGACCUGCAGGUGCCAAGCAGUCGACUUUCAAGAAUUCAGCAACCAUCAGCAAGUCUGGCUCCCAGCAAGCUCAGGUACUCCUCCAGUGCUGGGCAGUCUCCCUUAACAGUGCGACAACCGAUGAAAGCCGGGUCAUGCACAAACUCUCUGCUAACGCCCAGGCAGCCGGUAAAAGCCUGCAGUUACACAAAUCCUGUUAGUGGAGUUCGAAAGCCGCAGGCUUCUUCGCUUAGCACAGGCUCUUCCAGUAGCAGUUCCGCUACUAGAAGCAGCAACAUGGUCACUGUGGCCAAAAACUCACCCAUUAAAGCACGCACGUCUGUUGGAGGAUCUUCAGUGCCCAAGAGCAAGCUGACGCCACCAUCCAAGAGAUUUCUUCAAUCAGCAAAGACCACUCAGAACACUGUGGACGACUCCUGGAAGGAUGGGUGUUACUGACACAACCCAAAAUGCCGAUGCACUGCCAAACACCUCUGUGAAGCAGAACCCCAGCUGGCUGGGCUUUGAGAACAUUAUUUUAAAACAAUCCGCUACGUGAGAGACCCAUCACAUUGGGACUGAUGUAUAUAGUUCCUCUCCUCUUGAAUGCAAACUAUCCUCGCCUUCCACUAUUCUAUCAAGAGCCUGUCCUGAGCGGUGGAACACAAAACUGCUUUACCAUGUUCCCACCGGUCAAAACAUUACUGAAAUGCAAGUCUUCGCACGAAGACUGAAAAGAGCCUUAUUUCACAUCAACCUCUAUUUGCAGCCCUUUGGAAGGCCUGUUACAAAAAAAGCUUCUUAUGAACUGCUCCUGAGGAUGCUUGCUUAAAAAGGCUGCCGGUUGCCCUGCUUGUGCCAGAAAGCAGCUUUGAGCCACUGCUGUGGCGUGUUACGUGGCAGUGGCCUGGGGAGACUAGAAAUAGCUGUAUAGGUGUUAGAAGUAAGACUUUUUAACUUCAACCUGGUGUAUUCUAAUAUUUGUCUGAAACAACUUUUUUUUUUUACUUCUGUAUAGAAUGUAUUUCUGCUAAUUUUUAUUGUUUGUUCUAGGAAAUGAAGCAGGUUUUUAUAACUGUAGCAUACUUCAAGCUGUUGUAUUCAAGCGUGUGCAUCACAGUUCACAAGUGAAGGAGCAGUACACAAUAUUUGUGUGGGUUUGUGAACAGGCAGUUGCAGGGACAGGGGAUGCUAUUUGAAAACUGCUGCUUAUCAGCAUCUUCAUAUCUCAUAUGAGGAAGUUAACAAACACCAGUUCCAAGUAAACUUUUAAAAAAAAAUAGCUCCCACUGACUGAUUUGACUUGAAGUGGUUCCCUUUGAUCUUUCAACUAGCCCCUAACUGCCCUCAUUUUUGUAGAAGAGUUUUCUACUGUCUCUUUGGCUAUGAAGGAUUCUGUUUCAAUGUCCUUUUCCUCAGCAAGUGCUGGAGGCUACGACUACAGUCUUAGUACACAAAAUAUGCACUGAUAGCAAUGUUCUCCCUGCCAUCAAUGUGAUUUUGAUAGUGUAGUUUAAUAAAAUGUUAUGGUGCUGAAAUAGAUCUGCCUUACUCA